GAUGCCAGACUUCUCCUCUCAGGAAUACUGGAACGCCCGGUUCUCCAAGGACCCGCACACCUUCGACUGGCUGGUUCCAGCAAAAGUUUUGCAUGAUAUCGCAGCCGAAGUCAUCGACAAGACUUCUCUGGAGGAACCCCGAAUCCUCCACAUCGGAUGUGGUACUGCCGAAUCGCAUACCCUCCGAUCGCUCGUCCAGAAUCCGAAACAUGUCUUGAACGUAGAUUACUCCGAGGCAGCAGUGCAAGCUGCGUCGAAACGAGAACAGGAACUGCUCGCGAGUGCACACAUUGAGAGUCUGUUAGCGCCUCCCGACAGUUCCUCGGCCAAGCAUGACAGCGUGCAAGACCCCGAACCGGAGCCUCCGAUGCGUUGGUCCUGCAAGAAUUUACUCUCUCUCCAUUCCGCUCUCUCGAUGUUACAUGCGCAGCAAGCCGAGGGGAAGCUCUUCGAUCUUGUACUGGACAAAAGCACGAGCGACUCCAUCUCUUGCGGACAAGAUGUCUCACUCAGCCUACCUUAUCCUCUGAGCAUCAAUGGCUGGGCUCGCAGAGUAUUGGGCACAGGGACCGGCCAAUUACGAGAAGUCCACCCUCUCCACGUUCUCGCCGUACAUCUCGCAGCCCUCACCAAACCCGGAACAGGUCGCUGGAUCGUCAUCUCGUAUUCCGAAGAGAGAUUUCCCUUUUUGCCACCCUUUCCGACCACGUUGGCGAAUGGCAUGCUGUCGGAUGAUGUGAUUCAAGCGGGUUUCACGCAUCCGCAUCAGCUCUGGAGGUUAGAGGCCAAGGAGCAAAUUAAUCUGGAAGAGAACAAUGAGACAUUGGCCGAGAGGAAGAAGAGGCUGUCUGCAGGAUAUGUUCAUCGACCUCGUGUGUGUCACUGGCUUUACAUUAUGAGGAGAACGGACGCAUUUGUGAUUGAUUGAAUGAAUGAAUGAAUGAAAGAUUUUGAACUGCCAUCGAUUUUUCCCUACCUGGGAGUCAGUUCUGUUGAACUUGUAUCUAUAUGCAAAUAUCUGGAGUUCCAAUCUGGACGGGUGGGUGGCCGAGACCCUAUCUCGAGGACAAAAGUUGAAAUGAGAAUGACGAUGGAUGGAUGGGGUUCUUGAGCACAUAUAAGCUGAAGUCGCAAUGACAGCUGCGGAGUGCAGUCGCGCGCGUCUUGCCAUCUGGAUAUGUCUGGGGCGACGACGACUACAACUGUGCCCUGGCAGAUCCCUAUCCUCAUGGACAGCCACCACCGGGUUAUUUCGAUAUCAGCUCUCAGGCCUGGUCAACUUUUGCCGAAAAGUCCCCAAUCGGAGCAAGAGUACGGCUGUGAUGUUAGCCCCGUUCAAGCUCGGGCACUACUUGGCAGACAGAUGUUGUUAUGAAAACCUUACCACUCGGCGUGAGGCACGUCAGCAGAUGCAGUGGACAUUUCGUUCCAGUAUAGCGAUGAAGCAAAUGGGAG